UGCACAUUAUUUAAAAAUGCCAGCCGCUACAGAUGAGCUGAUUUUACUUGAGCGAGUAUUUCUUCGCUUGGGAACUACAGAGAAUGAUGAGCAACUACAAGCAUCAGUUUGUAAAUUUUUGCCCCCUGUUUUAUUGAAGUUAUCUAGUGCACAAGAAGGUGUUAGAAAGAAAGUAAUGGAGUUGUUAAUUCACCUAAACAAAAGAAUAAAAAGUAGGCCUAAGGUUCAACUACCAGUUGAAGCACUUUUAUUACAAUAUCAAGAUCCAGCUGCCAGCUCUUUUGUAAUUAAUUUUACUAUUAUAUAUAUAAAAUUAGGAUACCAUAGAAUGGAAAUGCAAAAGCAAGCAGAAUUAAUUCCAAGUGUAUUAAACGCCAUUGAAGGAAAACCAUUGUCUCAUCAAGAUAGCUUGUUGCUUAUAAUUAUGCCUGCAUUGGGUCAUAUUAAUGUCCCUAUGGAUCCAGAUAAACGGGCAGCCCUUCUGGGUCUACAAGAUAAACCUUAUGUGUCAAAACAGUUACUCAAUUUUAUGCUUGAUGUUCUUCUAUUACCUUAUGAGUAAACAUAAUUUUUCAGGUCUGUAGAACGAAUGAAAACUCAACAAUCAGACCAAGCUGUUAAUUUGUUACGGUUUUGUGUGCCAUUAGGAUUAAGUGAUUAUGCAUUUCAACGAGUAAUUGGUGAUAAUCCACCAACAGCAGAACAGCUUGAACAAACAAAACUGGGAAUUGUUAAAUUUCUUGCAGCAGGGUUCUUUUCUGACUCAGAUAUUCUCGUACACUUAAUAGUAGCAUCUGCAGAUACUAGAUUCAGUGUUGCUAAUUUGGCAGACUUGGAAUUGAAAAAAAUUGUUGAUACAUUAGAUUGGUCUUCAAUGCAAUUAGCAGCACCACUUUAUACAUUAUUCUUGGGUAAUGCUUUCAGUUCACAAAAAAAAGUUAAACCAGAAAUGAUGCGAUUGCGUGUAUGUAUACGAAUUCGUCUUAAAUUAUUACAGUAUCUUUGCCGCGUUACCAAGGCUGGUCUUAUUAUACCACCAUGCAUACAGGUAGUUUUUGAUACACUGUACGAAACAGAUGGAAACACUACAAAUGCAAAGUUAAAGUCAUUGGCACUGCAAUUUACAUUAAACAUUGUGCAACACUGUAAUCUUACGUCAUUAGAUUACGUAGCAGCAAUUAUUUUAGACGGUAUGAUGAAAUUAAUUGUUUCGGGUGAGAACACUCAUGCAAUGAUGGCUUACACUGUUAUUGGACAAAUGGGUCAAAGACAUCCAUCAGUAAUACAGAAAAACUUUAGAUUGUUGCGUCGUUCGUUUGAUAUACUUGCAUCGACGGAAGGUGAUUUACGAAGAACAGUGCGGGAUACGCUGAUUUCUAUAACAUCUGCAUUUGUAAUUAAUAAAGAUCAUGAAACUCACAUAUCUCUGAUGAAUGAUUUAUUGUCUACCUAUAUUGAAUCACCGGAAUUUAACGCUAGAUAUGUGGCUAUGCAUUAUGCUGCUACUGUGUUCUAUCCUGAUCACGUACCUUCUCGUUAUCUUUUACUGUUAGCAUCAGGUGAUGAGAAACAUGAAAUAAGUACAGAAGCUAAGAAAGCUUUGUAUAGUUAUAUUUAUUCAAAAAUGCAAAUAAGAAUGUCAUCUACUAGCAAUGAAAAAGCAAAUGUAGACAAUAAAGUACUUCCUUACAGUAUUACUGUAUUUACAGAGAUAAUUAAUUACCUCCGGAUUUGUUUAGCAAAAUGUGCUAAUGUUACUGUAUUUAAUGAAUUACUGCAGCAUCCUUGUGAAAGUACGCCAUUAAUUGCGCGUUAUUUAGAAAAUCUUUAUAAAGAAAAACCAGAAACAUUGCAUAAUUAUCUUGAUAUAAUUUUAAUUUUUAGUCACGUUUCCGCAGACCAGUCUUCUCUGCAAGCUUUAUUGGAAGUUACUGGUUGUGUACCACAGUAUGCAACAGAAAUUUAUGAAAAAGAGUCGUCACGGCUUCGUACUUUACUCACUUCUACUAAGCCAGAUGUAAGACAACUGGUUGCUAAAAUUUAUGGAAUAAUAACAACUCAGCUUUCCAAUAAUGACUUUGAAGCUCAAAUUUCUGAGAUUAUAAGUAUUAUGGAUAAGAAGAAUUUGGAAGCCCAACAUGGUUCAUUAUUAACUUUAACAUGUAUGAUGGAGAGGAGAUUAAUUUUUAAAAGGAAUAACAUAAACAAGGAUAUGUUUAAUUGGGAUCUUUACGUUAAUGUCGUAAAAAUGAUAUGUAGUUAUCUCCGCCAUAAUACAAUUUUAUCGAUGGAUGCUGCAAUUCAAAGUAUUGGUAUUUUGGGAAAAACACACGGUUUACCAUUACCUGAUGAAGGUGAAGAAGAGCCAAAUAAGAAAGCAAUUGUAGAAAUAUUAUUUUCAGCAUUGAAUAAUGUAAAAUUAAAUACUAAGAUUAAAGAAAAGGCUGCACUUUCAUUAGGAUAUUUAUGCGUAGGAGAAAAUUUUCCACAUACUUCAUAUAUAGUAAACAUAUUAAUUGCAACUCUGAAGGAGACAAAAGAUAUCGAAAUCCAUUUGAUUAUAGGAGAAGCAUUGGUUUGUUGUGUUCAAGGUGAAGCAUCUCCAGAAAGUCGAGAUGCUUGGAGAACACUACCAAGUGAGCAUAAAGUAUCUUACAGCAACACCAGUACUGAACUAUUAAUGCAUACGUUAGAUGAAUUACUUCGGGUGUAUAAAGAUCCCCAUCCUAACUUAAGACAGGCCGUCUGUGUGUGGCUACUAGCACUUUUAAAACAUAAUGUCCAAAGGGAAUGUAUUAAAGAAAAAUUUUCGUCGUUACAUCAUGCAUUCAUGGAUUUUCUUUCAGAUGACAGUGAUAUAGUUCAAGAUAUGGCUGCAAAAGGACUUAGUUUGAUACACAUUAAUAGUAACGAAGAAAUGAGGGAAUCUUUACUUUCUAGUAUACUAGAUCAAUUUAUACAGGGACGUAAAACCGUACAACAAGUUACACCUGAUACAAAAUAUUAUGUUUUGAAUUUAAUAAUUAUAGCUUAAUUUUAUAAAUAAUACUGUAUUUACAGUGGCACCCUAUCAACAUAUAAAGAAAUUUGUUCCUUAGCUACAGAGUUACAAAAACCAGAUUUAGUAUAUCAUUUCAUGCACUUAGCGCAUCAUAAUGCAGUUUGGACAUCUAAAAAAGGCGCUGCAUUUGGAUUUGCAGCCAUUGCUAAAAUAGCAAAUGAGGAAUUAAAUAAAUAUUUACCUAGCAUAAUUCCACGUUUAUACAGGUAUCAGUUCGAUCCUACUCCCAAAAUCCAGAACAGUAUGUCUAGUAUUUGGCGUGCAAUCGUUCCAUCUACAAGUAAAGCUAUCGAACAAUAUCAUAAAGAAAUAUUGAACGAUAUAACUGAUAAUUUAACAAAUAAUAAAUGGCGAGUGCGAAUUAGUUGUUGCAAUGCGCUUGUAGAUUUAUUAAGAACGAACGCUCGCUUAAACCUUGCGAAAUGUGCUCCAGAAUUAUGGAAAAAAUUGUUUCGUGUAAUGGAUGAUAUUCAUGAGGGUACUCGAUUAGCUGCAACACAUGCAACUAAAGCAUUAAGUAGAGUCUGUGUUCGAUACUGUGAUGCUUUUUAUGGUAAAGAAGGAGAAGAAGUUUUACAGGCAAUUCUACCUAUUUUAUUAAAUAUCGGGGUUGUUAACGUUGUGAGUAGCGUAAGAUCAGUGUCUUUGCAAACAAUAUCCCAAUUGGUUUCGAGAGCAGGUCUUUUGCUUAAGCCGUCUUUAGUUACUUUAAUUCCUGCUCUCUUAACUACAAUUGGUGAAUUGGAAAAUCCUAAUUUGUCAUAUUUGAGUAAUGUAUGUGGAGCAACGUCAGAAACGCGAGAUGCUAUUGACAAUAUUAGAGCUAGUGCUGCUAAAGAGCAUUAUGCUACUAAAACAAUGACAAAAUGCGUACAGUAUAUCGAUGCAGAGAUUUUAAAGGAAUUAAUACCAAAAGUGAUAGAUUUAAUAAAAUCUAGCAUUGGCUUUGGAACAAAAAUUACUUGUUCACACUUUAUCAUACUUUUAAGUACUCACUUUAAACAAGAAUUACAACCCUAUAGUGGUAAAGUUUUAAAUGCGCUAAUGAAUGGAUUAUCGGAUCGCAAUUCUGUUGUUAGGAAAAAUAAUGCAAUCGCUAUUGGACAUAUAGUUGGAUCAGCGAAAGAAUCAAGUCUUGAAAAAUUAUUUAAAACACUUUACAUGUGGUACAUGGAACGUGAUGAUUUAACUAAAUUAACAGUUGGACAAACAAUACAAGCUAUAAAUAAUUAUAAUCAGGAGAUAUUAAGGAACUAUUUCAACAUUGUCAUACCUCUUACCUUUUUUGCAAUGCAUGCACAAAAAACAGGGGAGAAUGAAAAUAUGAUUGAAUUAUGGAUUGAUUUGUGGAACGAGAUAACACCAGGAACCGAAGUUGGAAUCAAACAAAACAUUGAACCAAUAACAGAUAUUUUGCGUUCGUCGUUAGAAUCCCCAUCGUGGAAUGCAAAAGCGCAAGCAGCUAAUGCAGUUCAUACGUUAUCUGAAAAAUUAGGCAGUAAUAUUGACCCGUAUGUAAGAAAUACUUUGUUAAAGGUAUUAACUGAUGGUUUACGCGGAAGAACUUGGGAUGGAAAGGAUCGCUUAUUAAAUGCUCUCGCCACAUUGACAUGCAAUAGCAAAGAAGUUCUUAAAGAGGAUAUUGAAAUAUCUAUGAAUGUAGUACAAAUAUUACAAAGGGAAAGUAAAAAGGAGGCUUUAGAAUAUCGCCGUCAUGCUCUACAAGCAUUUGGUAUGGUCUUACAUGAAUUAAACAUUGAUAUGUUUAAAGAAGUAUACGACAUUGCUCAAGAAAUUUGGUCAACGUUGCCAAAGAAAGAUGAAAGCGAAUCUUUAGUCUCUGAGGAAAAAAUAAAAAGGGACAAUGAUGUCCUAAAAUUAUAUGAAACCGUUUAUGAAAUACUUGGAAAAGCUUGGCCACCUUGUAAAGAAACUCAAGACAAAUACUGUGUAGAAUUUAUAAUCCAUUAUGGUACAAUGUUUCCUCUCCAGCCUACAACUAUACAAGUAUCAAUGUUAUCAGCACUUAAUUUAUUUGUCGAUAAACUUUCCUUGCUAAAACUACAUAGAUCAGAAUUGUUAAUGAAAGACAAAGAAAUGUUAGAUUUGGUUUGUGUCACGUUUAAUAAAAUACUAAUACAUAGUAUAGGUAUUUCAUAUACUAGGAUACGGAAGGAAGCCUUAAAUAUAACUCUAUCUCUUGGUAGAAAAUUACGUUCCACUGAAAACAAUGAACAAUUUGAUAAAAUGAUUUUAAUAAUUCAAGAGGCAUUACCAGAAUUAACAAAAGAUAAUGAACCAGAAAUUCGAAUUAGAAUUAUUGAUAUCAAAGAAAUGCUUAAAAUAUGA